AUGACAGGGCGUAGUCCCUCGACUUCACCUUCGAAGCGUCUCACUAAGAAUGGUGCCAAACGACCACGCACCUCUUCCCACCUUAACUCGGACACUUUUACCGUCCCCGACUUCGCCUCUCGAGUGAUCAUCGCACUCGAUCUCGACGCAUUCUAUGUCUCAGCCUGUCGCAAACGUGACCCAUCUCUCAUCGGCAUACCCAUUGGCAUUCAGCAGAAAGCGCUCGUAGCUACCAUCAGCUACGAAGCUCGCGAAGCAGGUGUAAAUAAGUUGGAUAGCAUCAAAGAGGCGAUGAAGAAGCGUCCUGAUAUGAUUCUGGUCAAUGGGGAGGAUUUGACAUACUUUAGACAGGUCUCGGUGCAGGUGUGGAAGCAAGUAAGAUCGAUAGUGUGGGGGAAAAAGGUAGAGAAGCUGGGCAUGGACGAACUGUAUUGUGAUGUGACCGAGAUGGUGGAUUCUCACCUUAGCUCACUUCAGCCAGGAAGGGAAGGUGGAAAGUGGUUCGACCUCAAUGCUCCCGGUGACGGUGAAAAGGAUAGCUCAUAUGGCUUCCGGUAUGAAGCCUGGCCUAAAGAUGCUCCGGGCCAUGUUCAUCCCAACGAAGCCGCAGGCUGGCUAGCAAAGAACAAGCCCGACGCAUGGCAAGAACGAAUGCUCGCAGCUGCACAACUCGCAUCUUACAUUCGGCAAAGAAUCUCAAACGAGGUUGGUCUGACAUGCUCAGCCGGCAUCGCUCCGACCAAAUCCUUAGCCAAGCUCGUUGGUGCACUGAACAAGCCCAAUCAACAAACCACCUUUGCCCCACCCAUCGCCUCCCCUAUCCUUAGCAUCCCAAACGGACCAAAAACAGAAGAAAACCGCCUCCUCCAUCACAUCAACACCUUCCUGGACCCACUCGACCUCCGCAAACUCGCCGGUUUCGGUCGUGUAGUCGUCGACAAAAUCCGUGACCAUCUCCAUCCGCAACCUGAACUAUCCUCUAAACAAAAAGUGCUGUCGAACUUCAUGGACCCAGCCAGCAUCUCUGAUGAAGAAAGCGAGAGCAAGAAGGUCCGCAUCACCGUCGGGCAAGCGCGAAAGAUGCUUUCGCUGGAAGAUAUGGUAGGGCUGUUCGGGGAGCUGAUAGGUCCGAAGCUGUGGGCGCUGGCUUGUGGACGCGAUAUUGAGCUGGUGAUUCCUGCACCGGACUUUCCGUUACAGCUUUCGAUUGAGGAUACGUAUCCGUAUCCGAGCUUGCGGGGUCAGGCUAUACAUAAUGAGAUCUGUAGAUUGUCGCUUUCGCUGCUAAGGAGGCUGGAGUUGGAGCUGACGACACAGCUUGCUCUAAUGAAGGAACAGGCGGUGCCGCUCAGUCAGGAAAAGGUUAUUAAGAACGAGCAUGUGACCAUCCGCGAUUACAAGGAGGAUCCAGCACCGGCUGGGUCGCAGAAAGGGGAAAGCUGGUUGCGAUAUCCGCUAAAGCUCAGGCUUAGCGUUCGGCAGGGAUGGAGUAACAGGGUGUCAAAGCAGACAAAGAUGCCGGUUGAGAUCUUUGAUCUGCAGCAGAGCCGGGAGGUUAGGGCUGCUGCGAUUGCAAAGACGUGUAGGGGUCUGUUGAGGGCGCUGAUCGGUGGUGAUGAUGUGGUGGGGGAUGGGAUGAAUCUGAUCAAUAUCGCUGCGCUGGAGUUGAGUGAGAAGCGGCCGCAGAGGGCGUUGGGUAGCUUCUUUACUGGGAAGGAGAAGGUGACCAAGGUCGAUCAGGGGGAAGAGAAGGAAGAGAUUGAUGAAAGCUUUCUUGCGAGUCUUCCUCCUGAGUUGAGGGAGGAGAUUGCUAGAGAGUACGGGAUCGAUAUAGUAUCUGAUGUUCCUCCAAAGGGCGGCUUCGUGGAGCAAGCUGAAACAAAUGGCAAAGGCAACGCCAAAGCUACAACAGCAGAGGGGCUAGCAUGCAAUGUCUGCGGAGAAGAGAUGCAAGUUUGGAUGCAACACGAUCAUGAACUGUACCCAGUCUCUGGAUUGCCAUCGCUUCCGACGCUCGCAUUGUCUCGUACACCCUCUUCUUAUGCAUCCUCUGCAGACGGGGACGACCUGUCAGAGAAAGAAGUGGAAGCCGACACGGUCCGGUGCGAACAAUGCCAGGAAGCCAUCAAACCUUUCAUGCUGGAUGCUCAUCGACGAUUUCAUCAGCUCCAGGACCACACAUAG